CUUCCCGCCGGCUCUUGACGGUUUGCUUUUGGCACGUGCAAUUUUCAUUCAUUUUUAUUGAAAUAUAACUAGGUAUUGCUAAAUACAGUUCAACACUGAUGCUGACGGUUGGGAAAUAUCAUUUCGAUCUUUAGCAUAGUGGCACGAUACAAUGUCGCCUUCACCGAUCCGCUGCCGCGGGCCCUGGAAAAUACAUAAGCGCUCGUCGGAACCCGACAGAUGGCUGGACGAGAUGGGCUUUUUUCGAAAGCACACGGCUAGGGACUCCAGCUGCCUGUUUAGGGCCGUCUCUGAGAAUAUCUACAAUACUCAAAGAUACUUUCACAAGGUUCGCCUAGACUGCGUUCAGUUCAUGGCUUCCAAGCGGCAUCUCUUUGAAGGGUCUUUGACUUGUCCAUUCGAAAAUUAUCUCAAAGAGAUGUCAAACCCAUCAGAAUGGGGAGGGCUUAUUGAGAUAUCUGCCAUGAGCCAUCUUUAUUGGCGCGAUUUUGUUAUAUUUGAGGCCAACAAGGGGCCACAAACUAAAAUAUGCAAUGGCUAUGGAGACACAAUAUUCUUGUUUUACUCCCCUGAAACCAAACAUUUUGAUGCGGUUUACACAAAAGAUUUCAUUAAUUCAUCUUCGUUUUGCCAGUCUUUAGUUUAUGAAAUACUCUAUGAUGGAGUGUACCAACUCAAGGAUUUGUCAUAUGCUGUUGAUAAAAUGCUCCACGACAAAGUGCCAACAAACCACAUUGAGUACUUCAUGUCUGAGAAUGUGGAACGCCGUAAGAAGCAAAAAGAGAGAGCGAAGAUCUUCAUUGAGGCCACUAAUGAUGAUGACAAAGACAGAAACAACAAUGCCGUAGCACUAAAAUGCAAACAUCACACUCAGGAUCUGGAAAGAGCCAGUCUUUUGAAGGAAUCUUUGAGCAUCUUUGUGUUCAACCGCAGUCUCAUUCAGCUCGAGAAUGUCUGCAUGAACUGCCUCAAUGUGAACAGUGCUAAAGACUUGCUGGAUAAUGGCAUAACUCCAUUUCCUUAUAAAGUGGCAAAGGCUUUGGACCCCGAUAUUUACAGGAACAUAGAGUUUGACGUGUGGAGUGAACUCCGGCGAGAAAUGCGUUAUGGUGCUAGAUAUUCAGAUGGAACGACAUUACAAGUGGGGGUGAAGUGUUUAUGCAAGCUGCAGCCAGAUCAAACGGUUCCCUAUCACUGCCAUAUUCAGGAAAUGCGCCCUGACGGUGGGCCGUGCCUUGUUUUCAUUGAGGAGCUCGGCGAGAAGCGCAUUGUCAAAUAUGACCAACUUGAGCCCUUGCCUCUUGAAGAAAUUCGCCCCUGGGCCCCUCCAUACCGAUACUCCCGGGCAAAUUCACAAUUUCUGACUCUCAGUCAAAUGUUGCAGCAGAUAGGCAACAUCACGCGUAAGCAAGGUCUGAAUAAAACGCGAAACAAGGCAAAGGUCGGCAACGAAGAGCCAAAAUCCCCAGAAAAGUCUCCACAGAAGCAGCCCCCUAAGCUUGUCUGGAAGGAUGAAAAGCCCCCAGAAACAGAAAUCUCCCAAUACGCGAGCCAAGGAAGCGUAAACUUUAACGCAUAUCAACACUUGGAUUUCCUUAACUUUGAACCUAUGCCUGUUGAAGUACAAGCACUGCCCCUGAUGGUGGAUUGUCGGCCGGGCGUGGGGGGUGCGGGAGCAGGGGGUGCGGGCUCGCACGAGAUGCACCACCCGCACCAUCACCAGCCGCCCAACGGCGCGCCGCCGACGCAGGAUAACCACCAGGGCGGCGCGAGCGGCGACAUGGGCAUGGGCAUGACGUCACCAGCUUCCGUGCGCGCCUCUACCCCAGCCACCUCCAACUCACUCACCACCUAUUCUGGCGGCAUGGUGCCCGGCGGAAUGGUGAACAACGCGGGGUACGGCGCGAGCGGCGGCUGCGCGCCCUACGUGUGCGGCGUGGGUGUGGGCGUGGGCGUGGGCGGCGUGGUGAAGGGCGGCGUGGUGUGGGUGCCGCCGGCGCCGACGCCGCACCCGCUGCCGCCGCCGCCUCCGCCGCCUGUCAACCCGCACGUCUUCAAGAGCGUGCAGGCGAACGGCGCCGAUUUGCCCAUGAAUGAUAUCCCAACGCUGCGUUACUACUUCAACCUGGGCGUGGAGUGCAUGUGGGCCGCGUACGGCCCGCCACCCAUUCACCACCCGCCGAGGCACUACUCGCCCAGAGAUCUCGCUCAAGACAUGCAGCAGCUGUCGGUGCACGAGGGGCGCAUGAACCACGGCGGGAGCGAGGCGCAUAAGCACAAGGCGGGCGGAGGGGGCGCGGGGGGGCCCCCGCAGGACAAACCGCCGCUCACGCAGAACAAGGGCAACGGCCAGCGCCCGCUGCUUGGGCCCAGAUUUAAGCGAGGCAACAACCAGGAUGGCAGCCAGAAUUCCAACCACAAUCAGAACAAGGGCCAUAACAAUAACAUGGGCAAUAAGGGUCCCAAUAACAGGCGCAACUCCCACGGCGAGCCACGCGGUGCGCCGGCGCUGGGCGCGCCGUUUGGUGGCGAGGGCGAGUGCGCUGUGGACGCGCCGUUGCUGUCGCUGCCCUACAUCCCCUACCCACCGCCGCUUUACCCCAUGCCAUACUACCCCGUCGACGCCGACCCCGCCAUGAUGGGCAUGAUGGGCGGCAUGGGCUACGUGGGCUACGAGGAGGGCGUGGAGUACGGCGCGCCGCUGCAGCCCUACUACGCGCCGCCGCCGCACUACCCGCCGCCGCACGCGCACCCGUCGCACCACGCGCCGCCGCACCACCCGCCGCCGCACGCGCCGCACCACCCCGACCACAAGUAGGCCGUCCCGCGACGGCCGCGACCGCCGCCUGCCCGCUGCCGCUGCCCGUUUCACACGACCGCUACGGGCGCAUGCUCGAUAACGCGUAUCUAUAUUGUACGCAAAUUUUUAGUGUCCCGAACGACUGCCAUUAAUCUAUUAACUGUUCAUUUUAAAUUGUAGUAGACGUGUGAAAUGAAAUCCGACGUGUUCACCGUGACCGCUCUACGUGAAACUAUUAAAAUGUUACCAAAGCAACUUUCAAUCUUACUCUUGUAUCGUAGAGCAGAGCAGCUCUGGCGUCGACGCUAGCAGGAUUGUAAUGGUUACAUCUUCGACUUAUUUAAUUCCUUAGUCCUAGUCCGGUAUCCCGAAGUCUCCAUUUUCAACAAUGUCCUAGCUAUUGAACAUUUUUGAAAAUGGACAGAAAGUACACGGCGUUCAUAAAUUACAAAUGUUUAAUACUAAUUUAACUAUUAGCCCAUCUAUAUAUAGUUGUCUUUUUUGAAGACGGAGUAUAAUGACAUUUAUAGGGUUGCCAGUUGUCAUAAAAUUUUAAUUAGUUAUGUGGUGUUGUCGAUAGUUUUGUCGAUAGAUUGUGAAAGAAGAUAAAAUUUUGCCAAAAAUUACUGAAUACGACGUUCUAAUGAUUACUAAUUGCGUUAUUGCCUUCUUUAUUCUUAUUUUGACAGUUGGCCUACUAGUAUCGAGAUCAAUUUUAUUCAUAUAUACUUUAACACGAAUAGCUGGUAUUGAUUAUCUAUACGGAAUUAAAAUGUAAAACUUUAAAAUAUGUCUCUGGUUUUUUCAUAAAUAUAGCACUAAAUGCAGUGUAAGUUCUGUGAGUUCAUACUGUAUGUAUGAACUUACAAAAAUUGACAAAUCAAAUGAACUUGUGCUCAUUUGUAUUUGUAUGAAUAAUGGGUCGAGGGUGAUUCAAAUGAAACAAGUUCGGCUAUUUAUUCUAUAAGCGUGACCAAUAUUCAGUCGAUUGUCGAUGGAAUAUUUCUCGACUGCAAUUACUAGCUGCUCGCAAGCAGGCAACACUUUUGCUCAAUGAGCUGUCUUUUUGCUCCGUCUUCAAAAAAGACAAACUAUACACAUUCUUGUGUGUUCACAACCCUAUUCAUUGGAUAUUUAAACAUAAACGCCCGUUCAAUACGUAUUAUAUAUUUGUCAAAUAACGUCACAUUAAUACGUUUAAAGAUACAAUAAUGUCGUCGCUGUAGCCAAUGCAAAAUGCCAGUGCAGGCAGUGGUCCACUUGGACUGCUUUGGAUUGUCCAACGAAACCAACAAUUAUAAAGUUUUCUUUAUGUUCACGUCGACACGGAUAAUCCAACGUUAGUCGACAAAAAGUUUGGUGUCACUACAUAACUAACAAAGGAUUUUUGCAAAUCGACAUCUCGCCAUGCAACGAGUGACACUAAACGUGAUCUACAACGAGAACGGUCAUCGAAAAAGGUCUUCGAAUAUCCAUAAUAUCACAUUGACCCAAAAACAAAAAGAAACUGGCAUAAUUGUGAACAAAGAAAAUGUGUUGUACUGCCUUUUCAAUGUGAUAUUAUACGCUUUGCUAUGUGUAGAGUUAUACUAGUAUGUAAAAGUAAUCACAACGUGUUUCCAUCUUAUAGGUAAGAUUACCGGUCAAAAUAGUCUUUCGGUUUGAUGAGAUUGAAUCUUUCGAAUGCAAUGUCAAAAUGUUACCAGAGUUUAGUUAGAUAUCAAAGUCCACUCCUUAAAGAGAUCCUGUCAUGUUUUAUGCGAUAAAACAGUGAUAUAUGUCAAUUACAAAAGCAAUAUUUUUUAACAAACCUAUUUUAAGGUACUUAAAAGGCUGUGCCAAAGGCAAUUUAAAAGUAAUCUGCACAUGGCAAAGAGCGAUUUGGGAAGUUGAUAAGGGAAAAGACAACGUUUAUUAUUGUCUAAAUAUUGUAAAUUUGUGUUGUAACUUGUACUUAAAAAGGGACG